AUGUCCUACAUUAAAGCACCAUCAGAUAUUACAAUACUUGAGUAUAAAUACUCUAAAAAUAAUAAAAAAAGAAAAAUUAAUUUUUUAAAAAAACUUUUUAUUCAUUGUUCUUUUUUUACAAUUGGAAACAACUGUAAUAAAUUAAAUAAUCAUGAUGUUAUUAAAAUUCUUUCAAACAUAUACUCAGAUAAUGGAUUAGAUAAUAAAAAUAUGAAUACUAUAAAUAUAUUGAAUAUUUUAAACACUAGACAAAAAGAUGUAGAAAAACAAGUUAAAUGCAAAAUGUGUUCUUUAAUGGGUUUUCUAUUACUCCCUUUAUAUAGUUUUAAACAUUUUAGAUAUUAUGAUGCAAAAAGUAAAAUAAUUAUUUUACCUUUUUUUUCAAUAGCUGGAAUAUAUUUAGGUUCUUUUUUUGGGAAUUUAAUAACAGGAAGGUUUAGUGAUUAUAAACGUUCAAAAUUUCUCGGAACAUUACCUGCAAACGUUUUUUUAAAAGAAUGA